AUGAAUAAUAAUGCACUUGCUUAUAUCAGAAAAUUGCAAACUGGAGAAAAUAAAUAAUGUUUUGAGUGUCAAACUGGAAGUCCAACUUGGGCUAGUUUGCCUUAUGGAAUUUAUCUCUGUUACAAUUGUUCAGGAUUUCAUAGAGGGAUGGGUGUGCAUCUUACAUUUGUUAGAUCAAUUGAAAUGGAUUCCUGGACUGAUAAAUAAUUAGCUAUGAUGCAAUUAGGGGGAAAUCAAGAAUUAAGGGUCUUCUUCUAAUCACAUGGAAUUUAAAUUUAAGAUUCGAACAAAUGGAAAACCAAUGCUGCUCAUUAUUAUAGAGAAAAAGUAAGCUUAAAAUUGUAUAUCAUUUAGAUGAAAGCAAUAGUUAACGAAACAGAGAUGCCCGAAGAACCAGUUGAUUGGACAGCAAUACAAGAGAUCCCAAAACCAUAAAUAUAAUAAUAAUAAUAAUAAACUCAAAUUUAACAAGAUAUCUCUCCUGAAUAAAAUGUACUACAUCGUUGCCUAUAAUAGUUUUGGGAAUAAGCAUCUAAAUCAACAAAGGAAGCAUUCGCAAUAAUCGAUGAGAAGAUAUCUAAAGUUCAAAUUAAAGAAGAGGCAGUUUAAUUGGGAUAACAAAUUUCAGCUAAAACUAAACAAUUUGGAGUAUAUCUAUAUUUUAAUCUAUAGGAAAAAUCAACAUAAAUUGCAGAUAAAGCAUAUAAGAGUUUAAAAAGCGGAUUUAAUGAGGCUUUUGGUUUUAUAAAAUCUAAGGCUGAUUAAGUUAUUGGAAAAGAAAAAUAAGAAUAAUAAUCAUAAUCAUAAUAAUAAUAAUAAUAACCAUAACAACAAUAAUAAUAAUAACCAUAAUAGCAAUAAUAAUAAUAAUAGUAGUAAUAGUAAUAAUAAUGGUAAUAAUAGUAAUAAUAAUAAUGGCAAUAAUAGUAAUAAUAAUGGCAAUAAUAGUAAUAAUAAUAAUAAUAAUAAUAAUAAUAAUAAUAAUAAACUAAUACCUUUGUAGGUAAUCAAUAAUAGUUUUAUCAGUUUUAAACAAAUGGGUUAAAUUAAAAAUAAACAACAGUAAAUUAAAAUAACAAUUCUCAGGAUUUAUUUUCUUUUGAAAAUAAUAUUAAUUAAAAGCCUUCUCCCGCAAUUUAAAAUUAAUAAUAAUAAAUGAAUAUUAUGGAUUAUUCUGAUUAUUUCACUGAUGGUCCCUCUUCAGUGAUAAUUUAUGAAACUCCAAUCUAUAGUUAGUAAAAUAAAUAAUAAGAAAAUUUAAUUGA